AUGAAAGGUGAGGAAAAUGAUGAUGAAGACAAUUUUGACUGGCAGAUUGAGCAGCAGGUGUACAUGGAGACCUCUGAGGAGCAGCUGAAAGAACUGCAGAAGUAUGGCUUUGGGAAUCAGAGGUCCGGAGUGUUCACUAGACUGCAGGUAAGGUCAUUGGCUUGUAUGAAUAAUGUAUAUGUAACAAAAUAGUUGGAGUAUGUGAGUAUGUGCGUGUGUGCUUGUCUGGCAUCUGUUGUGGGGGGGUGGGGAUGUUGUGGGGGAGGGGGGGGUAUGGGAUGGACCACGGGAAUUAUUUGCUAGGAUAAUAAUUGCUUGUCAAUGAAUUAAAUGUAAUACAAUGGCAAUCCGGGUUAUAUGUUAGAAUCCUACGCGUGAACUGCCGACAUUAUUACGCAUAUUAAUUGAUAAUGAUGGAAAAUAGGAUAUGCAUGAUUUUUUUAAAAUAGUUAUAUAGAUAUAUAGAGAGGUGAAAGCAUUGGAAAUGCUUUUGGCGGUUAAUCUGCUUCUGUUUUGUGGGUGGCACUGUGUGCUGUUUUCGAUGGAUUGGUCCUGGCCUCUCGGGGCCUUAGGGAUCCGGAGGGACGUGGGUGGGAUGCUGAUCACUGGGAUAACGGCUCAACUUGGGAUGGGGAGGGGCUUUAGCAGGGGAAUUAGUGGAAAACAAUUGAAGGGUUACUCCGUAGCAAUGCAAAUAUCACGGUACAGCUAUAUGGACACUCAAUCAUUACGGUAUUUUUUAUUGGUACAUUUACAAACAUAUAUAAUGAUAAAUAGACUUGAAACUUGUAUCUCAUUAUGGUGUAUGGUGAAAUAAGUAUAGCCAGUUAUAAUUGUAAUGGCUUAGCUGAUAAUAACAAAAGAAGAACAAUAUUUACAUGGCUCAAAGAGAAGGAAUAUAAUAUCUAUUGUAUACAGGAAACUCAUUCAACAAUUCGAGAUGAAGUAGCGUGGAAAAAAGAAUGGGGGGGGGAAAUAUACUUCUCCCAUGGGCAAAGAAAUUCAAAAGGGGUGAUGAUAUUAAUUAAUAGUAAUUUCAAUCCGAAUGUGCAAAUUGUCCAAAUAGAUACGCAAGGUAGAUGGAUUAUUUUAAAUAUGUUAUUGGACCAUAAACAGAUAUGGCUCAUUAACUUUUACGGACCAAAUAAUGAUGAUCCACAAUUCUUUGACAAUAUAUAUAAUAAAUGAUCAACCCUGCAAGCAAUUCAAGACAAUAUUAUUAUGGUGGGGGAUUAUAAUACUGUUUUAAAUAGCUCAAUGGACCGUAAAGGAAAUCACACCACAAACAAUCACCCACAUGCUCUUAAGGAAAUUGUGAAUGUCAUGGAUACAUUAGAACUAGUAGAUACAGUGGGGAGAACAAGUAUUUGAUACACUGCCGAUUUUGCAGGUUUUCCUACUUACAAAGCAUGUAGAGGUCUGUAAUUUUUAUCAUAGGUACACUUCAACUGUGAGAGACGGAAUCUAAAUCAAACAUCCAGAAAAUCACAUUGUAUGAUUUUUAAGUAAUUAAUUUGCAUUUUAUUGCAUGACAUAAGUAUUUGAUCACCUACCAACCAGUAAGAAUUCCGGCUCUCACAGACCUGUUAGUUUUUCUUUAAGAAGCCCUCCUGUUCUCCACUCAUUUCCUGUAUUAACUUCACCUGUUUGAACUUGUUACCUGUAUGAAAGACACCUGUCCACACACUCAAUCAAACAGACUCCAACCUCUCCACAAUGGACAAGAACAGAGAGCUGUGUAAGGACAUCAGGGAUAAAAUUGUAGACCUGCACAAGGCUGGGAUGGGCUACAGGACAAUAGGCAAGCAGCUUGGUGAGAAGGCAACAACUGUUGGCGCAAUUAUUAGAAAAUGGAAGAAGUUCAAGAUGACGGUCAAUCACCCUCGGUCUGGGGCUCCAUGCAAGAUCUCACCUUGUGGGGCAUCAAUGAUCAUGAGGAAGGUGAGGGAUCAGUCCAGAACUACACGGCAGGACCUGGUCAAUGACCUGAAGAGAGCUGGGACCACAGUCUCAAAGAAAACUAUUAGUAACACACUACGCCAUCAUGGAUUAAAAUCCUGCAGCACACGCAAGGUCCCCCUGCUCAAGCCAGUGCAUGUCCAGCCCCGUCUGAAGUUUGCCAAUGACCAUCUGGAUGAUCCAGAGGAGGAAUGGGAGAAGGUCAUGUGGUCUGAUGAGACAAAAAUAGAGCUUUUUGGUCUAAACUCCACUCACCGUGUUUGGAGGAAGAAGAAGGAUGAGUACAACCCCAAGAACACCAUCCCAACUGUGAAGCAUGGAGGUGGAAACAUCAUUCUUUGGGGAUGCUUUUCUGCAAAGGGGACAGGACGACUGCACCGUAUUGAGGGGAGGAUGGAUGGGGCCAUGUAUCGCGAGAUCUUGGCCAACAACCUCCUUCCCUCAGUAAGAGCGUUGAAGAUGGGUCAUGGCUGGGUCUUCCAGCAUGACAACGACCCGAAACACACAGUCAGGGCAACUAAGGUGUGGCUCCGUAAGAAGCAUCUCAAGGUCCUGGAGUGGCCUAGCCAGUCUCCAGACCUGAACCCAAUAGAAAAUCUUUGGAGGGAGCUGAAAGUCCGUAUUGCCCAGCAACAGCCCCGAAACCUGAAGGAUCUGGAGAAGGUCUGUAUGGAGGAGUGGGCCAAAAUGCAAAUUAAUUACAAAACAAUCAUACAAUGUGAUUUUCUGGAUUUUUGUUUUAGAUUCCGUCUCUCACAGUUGAAGUGUACCUAUGAUAAAAAUUACAGACCUCUACAUGCUUUGUAAGUAGGAAAACCUGCAAAAUCGGCAGUGUAUCAAAUACUUGUUCUCCCCACUGCAUAUGGAGGCUUAAAUAUACUGAUCUAGUGAGAUAUACAUGGCGGAGACUGAAUCAAGCUAGUCGUCUUGACUUCUUUCUUAUCUCAUUCUCGUUGGCACCAAAAGUUUUUUUUUAAGUGUUGAUAGGGGACAGAAUGCGGUCGGACCAUCAUAUAAUAGGCAAAUACAUUACUCUUACUGAAUUUCCACGUGGGCGAGGAUAUUGGAAAUGUAAUCAAAGCCUAUUGGAUGAUAAUUUAUUUAUAAUUAGAACAAAUGAAUUUAUAACUGACUUUUUCCAACAUAACAUAGGUACAGCGAAUCCCCUUAUUGUAUGGGACACCUUUAAAUGUGCCUUUAGAGGCCAUGCAAUUCAGUACUCAUCUUGAAAACAAAAGCAAUUUAGGUCAAAAGAGUUUAUACUAAGAAAGGAAAUAGAAAGUCUAACAGAACAGAUAGAUGGCAAUAACAACUGUAACAUAGAGGCUCAGAAUAAAUUAGAGGAAAAACAAAAAGAAAUGGAGAAACUUAUUCAAGAAAGAUCAAGUGUAAUAUAUUACAAAAAUAAAGCGAACUGGAUGGAAUAUGGGGAAAAAUGCACAAAAUUCCUUUUUAAGCUUCAACAUAGGAAUGCUACCAAAAAGAACUUAAUGAAACUGGUUACAAUUGACGGAGUCACCCAUAAUUCACCAAAUUUCAGUUGCCUCCAUCUCCUCUAACUGAAGCUAAUUGUAGAGAUGUUUUUUCUAUUGAUAAUGUCAAAUCAACAGCCACACAGAAAGACUCAUGUGAAGGUGAAAUUACAGAGGAGGAACUUCUGGAUGCAAUUAAAGACUUUAAGUCUGGGAAAACUCCAGGGUUGGAUGGCAUACCAGUAGAGGUAUACCAAACCUUUUUUGAUAUACUAAGAGGACCGUUAUGAAGACCCAGCCACGACCCAUCUUCAAUGCUCUUACUGAGGGAAGGAGGUUGUUGGCCAAGAUCUCGCGAUACAUGGCCCCAUCCAUCCUCCCCUCAAUACGGUGCAGUCGUCCUGCCCCCUUUGCAGAAAAGCAUCCCCAAAGAAUGAUGUUUCCACCUCCAUGCUUCACGGUUGGGAUGGUGUUCUUGGGGUUGUACUCAUCCUUCUUCUUCCUCCAAACACGGCGAGUGGAGUUUAGACCAAAAAGCUAUAUUUUUGUCUCAUCAGACCACAUGACCUUCUCCCAUUCCUCCUCUGGAUCAUCCAGAUGGUCAUUGGCAAACUUCAGACGGGCCUGGACAUGCGCUGGCUUGAGCAGGGGGACCUUGCGUGCGCUGCAGGAUUUUAAUCCAUGACGGCGUUGUCAAAGUGCGACGUGAAUGCGGUAGGCGAAGUCAAACGCAGGACACCGAGCUACUGGAAACAUACUUUUACUAACAAAGUAACCAGAGUACAAAACAACCUCCAAACAGGGAGGAGAAUACCCGCACAAUAGCAACUGCCGAAAAUGACGAGAACAAUCACACACAACACACAAUGAACGACAGAGGGUUAUAUAGGGAAUACAAUACAACAUAAUAGGAAACAAGUGUACACAAUCAAGACAAAACAGGUCAAACACAGAAACAUAGAUCGGUAGCAGCUAGUACUCCGGGGACGACGAACGCCGAAGCCUGCCCGAGCAAGGAGGAGGAGCAGUCUCGGCUGAUUCCGUGACAGGCGUAGUGUGUUACUAAUGGUUAUCUUUGAGACUGUGGUCCCAGCUCUCUUCAGGUCAUUGACCAGGUCCUGCCGUGUAGUUCUGGGCUGAUCCCUCACCUUCCUCAUGAUCAUUGAUGCCCCACGAGGUGAGAUCUUGCAUGGAGCACCAGACCGAGGAUGAUUGACCGUCAUCUUGAACUUCUUCCAUUUUCUAAUAAUUGCGCCAACAGUUGUUGCCUUCUCACCAAGCUGCUUGCCUAUUGUCCUGUAGCCCAUCCCAGCCUUGUGCAGGUCUACAAUUGUAUCCCUGAUGUCCUUACACAGCUCUCUGGUCUUGGCCAUUGUGGAGAGGUUGGAGUCUGUUUGAUUGAGUGUGUGGACAGGUGUCUUUUAUACAGGUAACGAGUUCAAACAGGUGCAGUUACUACAGGUAAUGAGUGGAGAACAGGAGGGCUUCUUAAAGAAAAACUAACAGGUCUGUGAGAGCCGGAAUUCUUACUGGUUGGUAGGUGAUCAAAUACUUAUGUCAUGCAAUAAAAUGCAAAUUAAUUACUUAAAAAUCAUACAAUGUGAUUUCUGGAUUUUUGUUUUAGUCUCUCACAGUUGAAGUGUACCUAUGAUAAAAAUUACAGACCUCUACAUGCUUUUUAAGUAGGAAAACCUGCAAAAUCGGCAGUGUAUCAAAUACUUGUUCUCCCCACUGUAUGUGGGAACUCCUUCAAGACUGCUGGAAAAGCAUUCCAGGUGAAACUGGUUGAGAGAAUGCCAAGAGUGUUCAAAGCUGUCAUCAAGGCAAAGGGUGGCUAUUUGAAAAACCCUUUAAUGAGUAGGUGUGUCUAAACGUUUGACUGGUACUGUAGGUCGAGUGGGAAUCUGGCAAAUAGUAUAUACAGUGCCUUGCAAAACUAUUCAUCCCCCUUGGCGUUUUUUCCUAUUUUGUUGCAUUACAACCUGUAAUUUAAUUUGAUUUUUAUUUGGAUUUCAUGUACAGUAAUGGACAUACACAAAAUAGUCCAAAUUGGUGAAGUGAAAUGAAAAAAAUAACUGAAAAGUGGUGCGUGCAUAUGUAUUCACCCCCUUUGCUAAAAAGCCCCUAAAUAAGAUCCGAUGCAACCAAUUACCUUCAGAAGUCACAUAAUUAGUUAAAUAAAGUCCACCUGUGUGCAAUCUAAGUGUCACAUGAUCUCAGUAUAUAUACACCUCUUCAGAAAGGCCCUAGAGUCUGCAACACCACCAAGCAAGCGGCACCAUGAAGACCAAGGAGCUCUCCAAACAGGUCAGGGACAAAGUUGUGGAGAAGUACAGAUCAGGGUUGGGUUAUAAAAAAAUAUCUGAAACUUUGAACAUCCCAAAGAGCACAAUUAAAUCCAUUAUUAAAAAAUGGAAAUAAUAUGGCACCACAACAAACCUGCCAAGAGAGGGCCUCCCAUCAAAGCUCACGGACCAGGCAAGGAGGGCAUUAAUCAGAGAGGCAACAAAGAGACCAAAGAUAAUCCUGAAGGAGCUGCAAAGCUCCAAAGCGGAGAUUAGAGUAUCUGUCAAUAGGACCACUUGAAGCCGUACACUCCACAGAGCUGGGCUUUACGGAAGAGUGGCCAGAAAAAAGCCAUUGCUUGAAGAAAAAAAUAAGCAAACAUGUUUGGUGUUCUUCAAAAGCCAUGUGGGAGACUCCCCAAACAUAUGGAAGAAGGGGCACUGGUCAGAUGAGACUAAAAGUGAGCUUUUUGGCCAUCAAGGAAAACGCUAUGUCUGGCGCAAACCCAACACCUCUCAUUACCCCGAGAACACCAUCCCCACAGUGAAGCAUGGUGGUGGCAGCAUGCUGUGGGAUGUAUUUCAUCGGCAGGGACUGGGAAACUGGUCAGACUUGAAGGAAUGAUGGAUGGCGCUAAAUACAGGGAAAUUCUUGAGGGAAACCUGUUUCAGUCUUCCAGAGAUUUGAGACUGGGACGGAGGUUCACCUUCCAGCAGGACAAUGACCCUAAGCAUACUGCUAAAGCAACACUCAAGUGGUUUAAGGGGAAACAUUUAAAUGUCUUGGAAUGGCCUAGUCAAAGCCCAGACCUCAAUCCAAUUGAGAAUCUGUGGUAUGACUUAAAUAUUGCUGUACACCAGUGGAACCCAUCCAACUUGAAGAUGCUGGAGCAGUUUUGCCUUGAAGAAUGGGCAAAAAUCCUAGUGGCUACAUGUGCCAAGCUUAUAGAGACAUACCCCAAGAGACUUGCAGCUGUAAUUGCUACAAAGUAUUGAUGUUGGGGGGGGUGAAUAGUUUGCACUUUCAAGUUUUCUGUUUUCUGGUCUUAUUUCUUGUUUGUUUCACCCCAAAAAAUAUUUUGCAUCUUCAAAGUGGUAGGCAUGUUGUGUAAAUCAAAUGAUACAAAACCUCAAAAAAUCAAUUUUAAUUCCAGGUUGUAAGGCAACAAAAAAUAGGACAAAUGCCAAGGGGGGUGAAUACUUUCGCAAGCCACUGUAUCACCAUUGCCUCACUUUCCCACAAAUCCUCUUUCUCUUUAUUCUUUCUCUGUCAGUCCGUGACAUAUGAAAUCGAUGAGUCAUUUAAAAGGUGUAAUCCACGGCUGGCUGGAUGGCUGGCUGGCUGGGCCCCCCAGGUUUGUUUGUUUUUUCUUCUCUCUCAGAUGAGAGCGAUAAGGGUGUAUGGAGCCUCACUGCUCCACUGUGAGACAAUUCAAUUAUGCCAUCCAGCUCUCCUAACAGCCUGCUAAUUCCUCUGCUCCUACCGCCUCAAACACAUGGCCCGUAGCCACAGUUUAUGUUAGUGCAGGAUGUCGUACGGUACACUCGGGAAAGGAUUUAGAUAAAAACAGAUAGCAUUAUGACAGGAGGGUGCGUUGGGUUGAGAGUGCCAGGAUCCCUGUCUCUGCCUAGUGCUGGAGACAUCACACACUGACCAACAGCCAUCAGUCAAUACUACGCAGCACUGAUACACAGCCCAUUAGCGGCAGGCAGGAGGAAUCCAGCCCUCUAAAGAACAUUACUUUUCCCUGCAGCUCUGUGGACUCCCUCUUCUCAUUCUGCAUUCUGAGAUAGAGCACUCAGCCGGAGCCCUGGUGCAGAUAAAUGGGCCAAAUUAAACUUAAUGACUUGACUGACAGCUGGAAGAGCUUCAGCCUUCCCUUGCCUGUCGAGAAGAGUGUUGGUCAGCAAAUGUUGCUGUUUCCAGUAAAAUGUUGAUACCAUGCCUAUGAUUUUAAAUAUUUGAUCAUAUAUCAUGUGGGAAGGCUAAAUUAUUAUGCUUUCACAUUUCUGCCACCGUCUCUUAUGACUGAAAAGAGCUUCUGGAUAUCAGGACAGCGAUUACUCACCUCGUACGGGACGAAGGAUUUACUUCAGACAUCCGACAAGGCACAAAUCCCGUCAUUGCAGGAGAAAGAGACAGAGAUAUCGGGGAAGUAGGUCGGGGUGCCUUGUAAGGAUCCGACGGCAAGUGGGUAAUCUGCCUCUACCAUCAUUCCUAUUAGCCAACGCACAAUCAUUGGAUAAUAAAAUAGACGAGCAAUGAUCACGAAUAUCCUACCAACGGGCCAUUAAAAACUCUAAUAUCUUAUGUUUCACAGAGUCGUGGCUAAAUGACGACAUGGAUAACAUACAGUUGGCGGGUUUACGCUGCAUCGGCAAGACAGAACAUCCACCUCCGGUAAGACAAGGGGUGGCAGUCUGUGUAUAUUUGUAAACAACAGCUGGUGCACGAAAUCUAAUAUUAAGAAAGUCUCAAGGUUUUGCUCGCCUGAGGUACUUCAUGAUAAGCUGUAGACCACACUAUGUACCAAGAGAGUUUUCAUCUAUAUUUUUCGUAGCUGUCUAUUUACCACCAAUGCUGGCACUAAGACGGCACUCAAUGAGCUAUAUAAGGCCAUAAGCAAACAGGAAAACGCUCAUCCAGAGGCGGCACUCCUAGUGGCCGGGGAAAAAAAAAAAAAAAAACUUUAAUGCAGGGAAACUUAAAUCAAUUUUACCUAAUUUCUACCAGCAUGUUAAAUGUGCAACCAGAGGGGGAAAAAACUCUAGACCACCUUUACUCCACACACAGAGACGCGUACAAAGCUCUCCCUCGCCCUCUGACCAUAAUUCUAUCCUCUGAAAUUCCUGCUUACAGGGCUGUGUGGUGCCAGGAUAACAACCUCUCCCUCAAUGUGAUCAAGACAAAGGAGAUGAUUGUGGACUACAGGAAAAUGAGUACCGAGCACACCCCCAUUCUCAUCGACAGGGCUGUAGUGGAGCAGGUUGAGAGCUUCAAGUUCCUUGGUGUCCACAUCACCAACAAACUAUCAUGGUCCAAACACACCAAGACAGUCGUGAAGAGUGCACGACAAAGCCUAUUCCCCCUCAGGAGACUGAAAUUAUUUGGCAUGGGUCCUCAGAUCCUGAAAAGAUUCUACAGCUGCACCAUCGAGAGCAUCCUGACAAGUUGCAUCACUGCCUGGUAUGGCAACUGCUCUGCCUCCGACCACAAGGCACUACAGAGGGUAGUGCGUACGGCCCAGUACAUCACUGCUGCCAAGUUUCCUGCCAUCCAGGACCUUUAUACCAGGCGGUGUCAGAUGAAGGCCCUAAAACUUGUCAGACUCCAGCCACCCUAGUCAUAGACUGUUCUCUCUGCUACUGCACGGCAAGCGGUACCGGAGUGCCAAGUCUAGGUCCAAAAGGCUUCUUAACAGCUUCUACCCCCAAGCCAUACGACACCUGAACAGCUAAUCAAAUGGCUACCCGGACUAUUUGCAUUGUCCCUCCACCCACCCCCUCUUUUACGCUGCUGCCACUCUCUGUUUAUUAUCACAUUUUACACUUUAGUCAUUUAGCAGACGCCCUUAUCCAGAGCGACUUACAGUUAGUGAGUGCAUACAUAAAAAAAAAAAAAUGGUUCAUACUAUUAUCUAUGCAUAGUCACUUUAACUCUACCUACAUGUACAUAUUACCUCAAUUACCUUGACUAUCCUGUGCCCCCGCACAUUGACUCUGUACCGGUACAUCAUGUAUAUAGCCUCGCUACUGUUAUUUUACUGCUGCUCUUUAAUUAUUUGUUAUUUCUUUUUCUUUCUUAUUUUUUCCUUAUCUAUUUUUUUACUCCACACUUAUUUUUCUUAAAACUGUAUUGUUGGUUAAGGGCUUGUAAGUAAGCAUUUCAGUGUAAGGUCUACACCUGUUGUAUUCGGCACAUGUGAUAAAUAACAUUUGAUUUGAUUUGAUUGGAUUUUGGCCUUCUUCAGCUUUUUUCCCUCCCUCACCUCCCCUAAGACAAAGAUAUACAGGUAACUGCCAAAAUAAAGGAAACGCCAACAUAAAGUGUCUUAAUAGGGCGUUGGGCCGCAAUGAGCCAGAACAACUUCGAUGCACCUUGGCAAAUAUUCUACAAGUGUCUGUAACUGUAUUGGAGGUAUGUGACACCAUUCUUCCAUGAGAAAUGUGUUGUUUUGUUGACUGUGGUGGAAAACGCUGUCUCAGGUGCCGGUCCAGAAUCUCCCAAAAGUGUUCUGUUGGGUUGAGAUCUGGUGACAGAGACAGCCAUGGCAUAUGGUUUACAUUGUUUUCAUGCUCAUCAAACUAUUCAGUGACCACUCGUGCCUUGUGGAUGGGGGCAUUGUCAUCCUAUUGGGGCAUAGCCAUGGUAGCCAAAAUAAUGGCCAAAAUAAUGGCCUGUCCAGCAUUUUUACACAUGACCCUAAGCAUGAUGGGAUAUUAAUUGCUUAAUUAACUCAGGAACCACACCUGUGUGGAAGCACCUGCUUUCAUUAUACUUUGUAUGCCUCAUUUGAGUAAUGAGACAGUUACCUGUAUGUCAGCUGACAGAUGGGUGUAGACACUAGUGCUAAUGAAGUAGAACCCCCCACCCUGGGCCUGUGUACCCCCUCUCUCUCCCCUGUGUCGAGGCCAGAGCACUGACAGGCCACAGCUGUCCACUGUGUCCAAAUGAACUGAGUGGCCAGGGCUGAUCGGACAUGACAGCCCUGUCUCGACCUGCAGCACUUCUUAUGGCUGGUUUGACAUGCCAGUGGCAGUCUGUGAUUCAUCACUAUAUUCAUUGCAUUGACUAGCAGGUUCACUGCAGAAAAUUAAAAUCUCAAACAAUUGCAUUUUCAAUAAAACUUCAAGCGCUGAUGUUUGAAUAUAAGGCAAUCGACAUAAGCUGAAUUAAAGUUUCUGAGGACCCUGUGUGCCCCACAUUGUUCUGAACCACCAAAGUCAUACGUCAAAAGCUCCUCAGUGAUGUAGAGUUGUAUAUGAGGUCAUUUCCAGCCUCCUGCACAAUUAAUGGAGGCAUAUUUACUCCAUGUCACUGGCACCAUCUGGACUUGGGGCUAGGGCCACAUUACGGGGCAGACUGCUCAGAAGACUGCUCAGAAGACUGGAGGAACUAUGUCACAAAUUAAUCUCCAUUCAUCUGACCCCACCCUCCCUCCCCCUCACACUUGAUUGGCUAGGAUCAAAGUUGAGAUUAGUUAGUGCCGUGGAGAUUGGAUACAAUUGAAUGGAAGAUCUAAUGGGACAUAUGAUGUCUCUUGGAUGGAUGGUGAGGGGGAGGUGUGUGUGCGUGUGCUCUGCUUGGCCAGGCUGGGAUGCUGCAGAUGCACUGGCGAGGGACUCCGGUACCGUCUGCAGGGAUCUAAGCCCUGACGUAAUGCAGCAGGAAUCCAGUUGCCAGCAGAGCCAAGAGCCCAGUGCAGCCAAGAGGAUCAUUUGAAACUGCUGCUGCGGUGUGUGUGUCUGUGUGUGUGUGCGCGCGCGCUGGCCCACACACCAGCGCCCCUCUCACAUCAGGAGCUCAGCAUAGGGGCUGUCCCCCCUCCCCACUUGCACCCCACUCAACAGGCAAAGGGAAGGAUUGUUUUCAGCUGUUCCAUAAGCUGCAGAGAAAGUGCUGACUUUUCAGCAUGGUUUUCAGCACUGAAAGUUGCAGAUAAAACUUUACCAAUGUAAUUUGGGUCGAAGGGUAUCUUGAUCAGUUACUGAGGAAGACACUCAUUAGGGACUUGAUUCUCUCCAAAUGAACUGACAACAUAGUAGUGUUUUCCUCCCACACUACAGACCUUCCAAAUGAAUGCAUUUGUAAAACAGGUCAGGAUGAUUAGGCCUGUGUAAAACCCAGUUUGGACUGUUGUUUUGCAGCAGUGUCCUUCACUGAUGAUGAGAAGGAGCAACUGAGGAAGUUCACCAACCGUUCCUACUUCCUGGACAAGAAGGCCUGUGUCAUGGUGUGGCUCAGCCUGGUGGACAUCAUCCUAGCAUACUGCUACAAAGUGUGCACUACAGAGGGAGAGCACAACGUGAAUCAACGACCGACAAGAGAUCGUCACAUUGCAGUUGGCCUUGAGUGGCAGAUCUCUACAUCCUCCACCAUGUCAAAGCUUUAACAUGGGCUUACACCAAUAUCCUGUAGGGAUCUUGAGAGCUCAAUGUUGUCUUAAUGUCACUAACUCCUACUACAUGGAACUCCCAGUCCUUUGCAGCACAAAUGGAGGUGGAAGUAAGAGAGUAAAGGUCUACUAUGAGAGAUUGUCUGGUGAGACCAUAGAUGUCAUGUUCACAUAUUAAUGUGUUUAUAUACAUCAUUGGGUCAGACCCAGAGCUGUAAUUCUUACUACUGCCUUGAAGACAUACUUUAGACAGCUACCUGUGAAGUCAUCUGUGAAUGUUAUAUUAACAUCUGGGGUGUUAUGGCCAGAUACUCCAUAGACAUUCUGGAACAAAGUCUGCUUUUCCGGAGUUGUGUUCGUCUAAUGUAAAGGAUCUAUAAUGGACACUGGGAACUGAGUGUUUAAGAGUGUGUGACCUGGACCUGCCUGUUCUUGAUAUCAUAGCAUUCUCGCGUGUUGUAGACUGCAGGUUGAAUCACCAUGGACCAUCGGAAAACUCAGUGGGACUCUCUGCUGGCUUGAGGUAAGUAUUAGGGGGGCAGUCCCUAUUUAAGUAAACUCUAAUUAUCAUUGAUUAUUCCACAGCAUUGUUGAAUGUCGUUUCUGAUUGGCUAGAAAACAUUCUAGAAUGGACAUUAAAACCAGAUAACGGGACAGUUGGAAAAGAUAUCGGGACACCUUGCAAUCAUGAAGCAAUAUGCGCCUACACAUGCGGACCGUACCUGCUACAAAGUUACAGAAAGCUAAACCAACAAGCGCACACACUGAAAUUGGAUACAUUGUAAAAGCAGGUCCAACAAGGAAAAACUUGCAUUGAUUUGUUUUUGCAGAUACAUAUUUUCUGGGAGUGAAGAACAGGAAUUUUUCCUGUCCCAUCCGACGCUAAAGCUGUCAAAUCCUCCCACAUGUUUCUAGUUUGACCAGCUGUUUUCAGCAACUAAUAUUUAUUAAUUCAGUUGUCAUAUUGGCAGGUUUGGCAACAAACAAUUUAGCUAGCUUCUAGCCUAGUGUUUGAUAUGCAAUGCGAUCUCCUCGUAAUUAACAGUCAGUGUUGAUGAGUGUCCUGACGAGAAGGCAAACUUUUCUAGCUAUGCCAGGCAAAAUCGGGCAUUAUCAGCUUCUUGUUAUGGAUGUAUCCAAAUGAAUGUCAAUAGAAAACAGCUACUUUGCUGUUAUUCUGGCUGCAGAGGUCGUGUCUGUUAGCCGUAGCUAGCUGGCUAGCUAGCAAGCAAGGGAUAAGAACAUUGCAAGUGAGCAUGGCAACAGAACAUAUAGAACGAACGACUUGGUCGCAGCCAUAAAUAUCGAACUAAUCGAAUGAACGACUGGGUCGUGUCUCUAGCAACCAAAAGAUGUGUCACGAUCGUCGUAAGAACCGGACCAAGGCGCAGCGUGAUAAGCGUACAUUCUUUUAAUGAGUACACACAAACAAAACAAUAAACGAUACGUGAAGUCCUAGGGUUAAACACAAACCUUACGGAUCAAGAUCCCACAAUUAACUGUGCCAAACAGGCUGCCUAAGUAUGGUUCCCAAUCAGAGACAACGAGAAUCAGCUGCCUCUGAUUGGGAACCACCCUGGCCAACAUAGAAAACACGAACUAGAACGAAACAUAGAAAAUACAACAUAGAAACUACCACCCUGGCUCAACAUUAAAGAGUCCCCAGAGCCAGGGCGUGACAGUACCCCCCCCCCCCCCAACUAAACACCACAGGGGAGGGGCCGGGUGGGCAUUCCGCCUCAGAGGCGAUCCGGCUCCGGGCGCGACCACCACUCUCUCUCUCGCCCUCGUGGUCUGGCCCUGCUGGCCGGAGCUGGACUGAACACCGGUGGAGCGGAUUGCUCUGGCUCCGGCGUGGAGCAGCUGACCGGUGCCGGACCAGGCACAGGUGGAACAGGCACGGACCGUGCCGGACUGACGACGCGCACCACUGGCUUGGUGCGGGGAGCGGGCACGGGCCGGACCGGGCUGACGACGCGCACCACUGGCUUGGUGCGGGGAGCAGGAACGGGCCGGACCGGGCUGACGACGCGCACCACUGGCUUGGUGCGGGGAGCAGGAACAGGCCGAACCGGGCUGGCGACGCGCACCACAGGCUUGGUGCGGGGAGCAGGAACAGGCCAGACCGGGCUGGCGAUGCGCACCACUGGCUUGGUGCGGGGAGCAGGAACAGGCCGGACCGGGCUGGCGACGCGCAGCACUGGCUUGGUGCGGGGAGCAGGAACAGUGACACGAACAAAAACAAUAAAAUGAUACGUGAAGUCUAAAGGUUCUACACCAAAACAAACCUAUACAGAACAAGAUCCCACAAUUAACUGUGCCAAACAGGCUGCCUAAGUAUGGUUCCCAAUCAGAGACAACGAGAAUCAGCUGCCUCUGAUUGGGAACCACCCUGGCCAACAUAGAUCCACACGAUCUAGGACAUAAACCUAGAAAACUAAACCUAGAAACUAACACCCUGGCUCAACAUUAAAGAGUCCCCAGAGCCAGGGCGUGACAAGAUGAGAAAGUAUGAAUUUGCCUAUAAAAAUGAAAAUAUCAACGAAAUAAAUGUAUUUCUACUGGUAAAUCUGUGUUUUCAUAUUGUUUUCUUUGGCAACUGUGGUAUAAGCGGAAUAAACACCUCCUUUCUGUACAUUACCUUGGAAAAAUUAACUCUGCAAAGGGACUCUGCUCUGCCUUGUCACGCUGCAUCGUCCAUUAUUUCCAAGGUAAUGUACAGAACGUCAGCGUUUAUCCCUUACAUAAAUCAUCCCUUAGUAUGGGCUUUGGCACUGCUUCCCUAUGGUGGCUAUUCUGAGCUUCUGGCCCUUUCUUGAUCUAUAGGCUUUUAUUGAUCUAGAUGUGCCUGCUCCAGCCCCUGAAGGAGGAAAGCUCUCAACCAGGCCUAUUUUUAGCACUGUGCAUUACCAUUUGAUUGAGUUUGCUGCAGCUGGGUAAAGAGCCAUAUAUAUAUAUAUAUAUACAGUUGAAGUCGGAAGUUUACAUACACUUAGGUUGGAGUCAUUGAAACUCGUUUUUCAAACACUCCACAAAUUUCUUGUUAACAAACUAUAGUUUAGGCAAGUCGGUUAGGACAUCUACUUUGUGCAUGACACAAGUAAUUUUUCCAACAAUUGUUUACAGACAGAUUAUUUCACUUAUAAUUCACUGUAUCACAAUUCCAGUGGGUCAGAAGUUUACAUACACUAAGUUGACUGUGCCUUAAACAGCUUGGAAAAUUCCAGAAAAUGAUGUCAUGGCUUUAGAAGCUUCUGUUAGGCUAACUGACAUCAUUUGAGUCAAUUGGAGAUGUACCUGUAGAUGUAUUUCAAGGCCUACCUUCAAACUCAGUGCCUCUUUGCUUGACAUCAUGGGAAAAUCAAAAGAAAUCAGCCAAGACCUCAGAAAAAAAACUGUAGACCUCCACAAGUCUGGUUCAUCCUUGGGAGCAAUUUCCAAACGCCUGAAGGUACCACGUUCAUCUGUACAAACAAUAGUACGCAAGUAUAUACACCAUGGGACCAUGCAGCCGUCAUACCGCUCAGGAAGGAGACGCGUUCUGUGCAAAUCAAUCCCACAACAGCAAAGGACCUUGUGAAGAUGCUGGAGGAAACAGGUACAAAAGUAUCUAUAUCCACAGUAAAACGAGUCCUAUAUCGACAUAACCUGAAAGGCCGCUCAGCAAGGAAGAAGCCACUGAUCCAAAACCGCCAUAAAAAAAGCCAGACUACGGUUUGCAACUGCACAUGGGGACAAAGAUUGUACUAUUUGGAGAAAUGUCCUCUGGUCUGAUUAAACAAAAAUAGAACUGUUUGGCCAUAAUGACCAUCGUUAUGUUUGGAGGAAAAGGGGGAAUGCUUGCAAGCCAAAGAACACCAUCCCAACCGUGAAGCACGGGGGUGGCAGCAUCAUGCUGUGGGGGUGCUUUGCUGCAGGAGGGACUGGUGCACUUCACAAAAUAGAUCGCACCAUGAAGAAGGAAAAUUAUGUGGAUAUAUUGAAGCAACAUCUCAAGACAUCAGUCAGGAAGUUAAAGCUGGGUCGCAAAUGGGUAUUCCAAAUGGACAAUGACCCCAAGCAUACUUCCAAAAUUGUGGCAAAAUGGCUUAAGGACAACAAAGUCAAGGUAUUGGAGUGGCCAUCACAAAGCCCUGACCUCAAUCCUAUAGAAAAAGUGUGUGCAGAACUGAAAAAGUGUGCGCGAGCAAGGAGGCCAACAUACCUGACUCAGUUACACCAGCUCUGUCAGGAGGAAUGGGCCAAAAUUCACCCAACUUAUUGUGGGAAGCUUGUGGAAGGCUUCCCGAAACGUUUGACCCAAGUUAAACAAUUUAAAGGCAAUGCUACCAAAUACUAAUUGAGUGUAUGUAAACUUCUGACCCACUGGGAAUUUGACGGAAUAAACUUCCGACUUCAACUGUAUAUCCACUGAUUAUCAUCUACUGGUGCACUGGUAGCGCACUGUUGAGCAUGAAAAACCCAGCAGCCCUGCAGUUCUUGACACAAACCGGUGUACCUGGCAGCUACUACCAUACCUUGUUCAAAGGCACUUACAUGUUUUGUCUUGCCCAUUCACCCUCUGAAUGGCACACAAACACAAUCCAUGUCUCAAUUGUCUCAAGGCUUAAAAAAAAAUAUUUAACCUGUCUCUUCCCCUUCACCUACACUGACUUGAAGUGGAUUUAAAAAGUGACAUCAAUAAGGGAUCAUAGCUUCCACCUGGAUUCACCUGGUCAGUCUAUCACAUGGAAAGACUCACCUGGUCAGUCUUUCACAUGGAAAGAGCAGGUGUCCUUAAUGUUUUGAAUACUCAGUGUAUCUUGUAUCCUCUAGUAACUGUUUUAGGGCUGACCCCAUUUAGUCGACUGGUCGAUUGUUUGGUCGUUAGGCUUUUGGUUGACCAAGAUUUUUUUUUGUCCAGCAGUGGCAAAUAUGUAAAAAAAAUGUUAUGGCACACGAGCCGCCUUUCUGAGUGGACUAAUCCAUUGCGGAGGCUGCAGGGAUGGCACAGCAGUAUCACCACUAGUACAUUUACCAUUAAUUACCAUCAUUUAUCAUCUACAAUGUUUGUUUGUUUACAGUAAUUUCUGUUAAUCCAUUCAAUGUAUUAUUAUUACAGUCUUACCCGUUGUAAGUUUUGGUUUAUUUCAUUCCAUUUACGAGUUGUCAAUUUGUUCAUUGUCUUUUGUUUGGAGCGCUCCUGUCAAUCUUGUGUACGGACAAGCACCUGAUUACGCAUAGAAGUAGGCCUAGGCUACCUGGCCUGCACGCGAAUGUAGGCUUAUAAAUGUGCCCAUCUGGGGAUCUGAUACUAUUUCUGAUUGUCUUAACUCACCAUCACUGUGUAACUUCUCAAAGUAAUUUUGUGUUUGCCUCAAACAGCAAGUAAACAAAGUCUGGUUUUACAUCCAUUGAGAAUGACAAUAGUUCCUCAAGGUAGCCUAUUUGAAAAAUCUUUCCAACUCUCUCCCUUUCGAUAACCACUCAGCAUGAAAGGGGAAAAAAUGUCAUGCUCUGAUCCGGUGGAAACGUCAUAAAAAAGGUCUACCUGAUUACUUCUUAUCCUUUGCGCAAAUAGCCUACAGCUGUGUCUGUCUGUCCGGAGCUCACUGGCAAACUCUGAGGGCCCAGAAUAUUAUACAAUAUUGCAAGUUUGCUAGAACAAGCUUCAGCCGGACCAAGUUAAUAGUUGAUACAAUGGUUCAAGUUCCUUGCAGAAAGGCCAUGCGUAGCCAAUGUGAUUUAUAGGAUAUUUAUUUUUAUCAAUAUAUUUUCUACCGGCUGGCUGCAAUGUUUUUAUUUGUUGGCUUGAUGUAGGCAAUUUUUACAUUUUGCCAAUGGCAGUAGAAGUUUCUUUUAGAUUUGUAGCAUUGUCAUUUAGAUAGAAUUUAGAUUAACCACGUGACAUUGAUUUUGAGAUAUGAAGACUUUAUUUUAAAUGAAAUUAAACUGUUCCACGAAAAUGUGCAAAUGAACGAUUCACUUCGCUAUUGUAUUAGUUGGGAUUCGGUUCAAUCGCAGUGAAUCGAAUAAUGUGAAUCAAAAUAAUAAUUUGUGAAUCAUGAACAGUAAUUUUGGGAAAAAAAGAUUUGAUGUAGCCUUUCUUUUCGAUUAUGUGGCUUUAAAACUUGUUUUGUAGAUACUUCCAGUUGAUUUGGGCAUUCAAUGUAUGGGACAUUGCAACGCAAUAGAUGCUGGUCAGCCUGCAAAGUAAACACUUCUAAGGUAGCUACGGUAGCUAAGAUAAGUAUGACUAAACUUGAAAACGGUACAUUUCCUGGAGAAAAUAUGUGGGGUUGCUUCAGCUGAAUAAAAAGAUUUGUAGCAUACCAUAGCCAUUUAAUCUUUUGAUAUAUUGAAUGAGCGAAUUAUUUCAAAAGGAAUCAAACUUAUUUGGUUGUAAUGUUAUAUAUACAUCAAGGGUGGUCAACCAUCCUCCAGGAGAGCUAAUGGGUGUGCAGGCUUUUAUUCCAGUUUCCCUCUAACAAACCACAUUUUCGAAAUUACCUGCUUAACCGGACCUUGAUAAACUGGCUCUGAUGUGUUUGAGCAGGGCUUGAUCAAAAGCCUGCACACCCAGUAGCUCUUCAGACUGAGGGUUGACCACAUGUGUUUUUUUACAGUUGCCUAACAGCUAUUCUGCUUUGUGGGGGGUUAAGUGCCUUGUACAAUGACAGGAAAUGGUACAUGGGAUCAGAGAGCAGCCUUACAGUGUUGGUUAAAAGUAAUGGGGAAAAAUGUGUAUGAACCCUGCUCCCGGUAAUUGGGCAACUUUUGCAAAUGUUUUGUUGUCUGAGUGAGGUAAAAGCUGUAAAUGAAGAGGACUCGAUGUAUUUUGAAAGAUGAGACUUUGAUGUCAUACUAGCAAGCUAAACACCCGUGAGUCCAAAUGUGCAUUUCCAAAUCAUAAAACUCAUGUCAUAGAGUGUACUGUUACAAGAUGACAUGGCGUCAAACCCUCGGUUGUUCUCAACAGAAUGAGCCUAUGUUUGUUUAUUGUGCCGAAAAUUUGACGCGCCGCACACACCUGAAUGCACUCAUGACUCCUUUCUAUGAGCAACAAAAUUACGAUCUGUUUCUCUGAAUUGCCUAACACUCUAAGAUCAUAUUUCAUAACUUAGCUAGUCAUGCUGGCAAUAGAACAAGCUUUCAAAUCAUGCCCACCUGACCCAGAUUGCAAUUUAUAAUGGACCGUUUUUGGAUUGCGUAAACAACAACAGUAAUUGUGUGAUGGCAGGGAUGCAGGGUUGUGUUCUAAACUAAACUAAAAGUGUGCUUGCUCUAGUUCCUCAACGGCACAGCUAGGAGAGUUCAAAAAAGUACUUUUAUAGUUGAAGGCUCUUUGAGUUAUAAAAGUACAUUGAAAUUGCUUAAGAUCUGUGCACACUUUGAAGAGGUGGGUGGCCCCUUGGAGACACCAGUUAGACCUCUCACUCAAACGUUGUCAUUUAUUUGUCUUAUGUUGCACAUACCCCACAUUUUCCAGGAAUAGUCUUAUCUUACUGAAUGGAUCCAGAGUAUUUUCAGAUUUCGUUAUCAACAAAUGCGGCAAAGUACAUUAAAUGUAAAAUGCACAUAAAAUCAAGCGUAAUGUUUGGAUUCAAUCUUGUGGCAGGUGAACUGUUGUGUACUCACAAUUUCCACAUUAUCUCCAAACUGUUCCCUUUCAAUUGCUACCAUGGUUAUGCAUAUGCUUUUAAUAUUUCUUCUGUAAGAAACAUUUCAGGUUAGCCCUAUCCAUAUAGGCCAAUUCCUACGAGCGUAAAGUGUUAACCAGCCUCCUAACCAUUCAGACAGGGUUGGUGUAGCUGUUAACCAGCCUCCUAACCAUUCAGACAGGGUUGGUGUAGCUGUUAACCAGCCUCCUAACCAUUCAGACAGGGUUGGUGUAGCUGUUAACCAGCCUCCUAAUCAUUCGGACAGGGUUGGCGUAGCUGUUAACCAGCCUCCUAACCAUUCAGACAGGGUUGGUGUAGCUGUUAACCAGCCUCCUAACCAUUCAGACAGGGUUGGUGUAGCUGUUAACCAGCCUCCUAACCAUUCAGACAGGGUUGGUGUAGCUGUUAACCAGCCUCCUAACCAUUCAGACAGGGUUGGCGUAGCUGUUAACCAGCCUCCUAACCAUUCAGACAGGGUUGGUGGUUGGUGUGCAGCUGUCUUAUUUACAGCCAUGCUGCUAAACAGCCCCGGGGGAGAGGGGAUGAGCCCUGCUGACAUGCAACGAGACACUCUCUCUGAGCACAGUCUUAACAAGCCAGAGAGGAUGAAUAAAAAGGGAAGCAGAGGGCUCUCUCUCAGCUCUAUUGUCCACCGAUGCAGAGAAAAGCCUUGCGUUAAAAAAGUGAUUAAGGACCACCAACAAUUUAAAGGCUGCGGUUGCAGAAGGUGUUUAAGAGUUCCUCGCUUAUUUCCCCCUCUAUAAAAGGGACUGCAAUUAGGAGUGGGCAAGCCUGCUUAGUGCUGGAGGGAAAGAGAAAAGCAAGAGGCUGCUGAGCCAAACUUUUAAAGAUGAAGUCCCUUACUCUUCUUUUGUAAGGUUUCCCUUUUUUAAUGUGUCUGGCCAUGAUGAAAAUGCAGUAUGUCUUUUUGGUUUGUUUUCUUUCAGGUGUACAGCUCGUUGCAGGAGGUCCUGGUGGCCUUUGGGAGGAGGGUGUUGUGUUACCCGCUCUACAGGCACUUUGCCCUGGUCUCUGCAGCCGUGCAGGAUGCAGCUCGGAUCUUCCAGUCAGGUGAGUCUAGACUAGACGAUGCCCUCUGUGACCGCUGACCCCUGCCCUGAGGCAGCCAGACACCUCCACACCUUAAUGGCCAGUUUGUGCACGCUGGUUAGAGCAGUAUUGGCAGCCUCAGUGUUGUGCCCAAAUGAUAAAGCCCUCAAUAUGGCUUCGUUUCCACCCAAUGAAUGUGACAGCAUAGUUAGGCUUAAUUUGAAAGCACUGAUUUGGUACCACUCUCUGGACUCUGACCAAUGUUUUGAUGGAAAUUAUGUGGUUUAAUGCAUAUCUGUUGGAAGGCAAAGCAUGCCUGGUAGCUGUGGGUUGCAGCUUGUCUGUUCAAUGCUUUGGAGACUGACAGAAAGACGGCUUUACAGCCAGCAUGCACCCAAAGUCAUACAUCACCAUACCACCACAAGCAGAGCAGAGCAGCCCGCAUACAAGCAGAAUAUUUCCUGCUCAAAACAAUGCACUGAAUAAAGUAUCUAGAGGAAGGCCUCUCAUUCAUGCUGCAGUAUAGCAUAUCUCUCCAACAGAGUUGUCUGUCUGGUUCAACCUCUCCAAGCAGGAAGUGUGGAUUUGUUCCAUACGGACUCAAACUGUUGACUUUAUCUCCCAGCACAAAGUCAUCUUUAAAUCAAAGCUCUGCGGGUAGCUAGAUGAAGGCUCUGCCGUGUAAACACAUUUAGGAUGUGUGUGGGGUGAGAUUAUCCAGUUUGUGAUGAAUUAAACGCUCGUCAAUGUCUGCAAAUUAAAGGUUAUUUUAAGCUCCAGAUUAGCAUUUCCGUGCCUCAUUAAGUAAGGAGAUGAGUUGAUCAGACGACUGAGAGAAUCAGAGAAUCCCACUUAGUCACUGUGAAGGAAGCCUCAUUGUACUACACUACACUAUCUACCUUCAUUCUCUAGAAACAAACACACAACUUCACCUGUUAUAAUGCACUGUUUCACUCUCUCUCCUGACGCUGGACAUUUAGUUAAUAAACAGUCACAUACCCAGUUGUUUCUGUGCUGGAAAAUGCAACCAAGCCUAACUGAUGAUAUUAGUCUAAGCAGGCCAACAACAGCACGUGUGUCUCUUCAUUUGAAUGAGUUUCCCUCUGCAAAUUCAAUGACAUUUUGUUCAGGCCUGUCAUUUUCUUUAUUUACGUGCAGCAGCAUCAGGCAAGUGAGUGUGUAUGUGUGGGUAAUAGGGCUCUCGUUAAUGAACUGUAAAGCUACAGUAAUGCAGCUUGGCUGGUGUACUGUACGUCUGAGAGGGCACCACACGUUUCCUCCCAGCAUUACUCUGCACAGCUAAUUAAUUUGUCAGGAUAAGGCAAAUGAAAAUGUGUGCUCUAAUUUGAGGCACUUAGUUUAAACGGCUGUGAAAGCAAACUUUGGUAGAUAUUAGGAAAACAAACCCAUUAAUGUCUUGGGGGGAGUGGCAGGUUAAGGCCUUGAAGGGGUAAAUAUUUGAACAGCCCUCUGCAGGGGCGGACUGGGAUAAAGAUUCAGCCCUGGCAUUACAGCCACACUGCACGCAGUAUCUGUCUGUCACUGUGUCUGUCUGUCUGCUUUUCCUUGUUAUCCUCUGUUGUCACUCUGUCUGUCACUCCUAAGUGUUAAUUGCUAUUACAUAUAGAGCCAACAUAUUGAGGAACUGGCAGUACAUCUGUGUCUCUCUGUUUUCUUCCUACCUCCACUACACUCACCUCUGAGCUGUCUCUGCUAUGCCUAGCAUCCAUUCCCACAGCACUGGUACCAGAAGACCAGGGGAUCACACUGCCUCUGCUAGUUGUGUAUGAAUAAACACAUUUAUUAGAAGAAGAAAGAUGACUGAAUAAAUGCCUAAUAGAUGACCAUUGGCUCAUAAUACCUUAUGAUAGCAAAUAUAAGUACCUGGCUAUCAUACAAGUCCCCCCUAUCCUAAGGGUUAAUUACUAUUACAUACAUGUGUCAGUGUGUGUGUGUGUGUGUGUGUCUCUCGCUCUCUGUCUCUGUUUUUUCCCUACGUCCACUACACUUGACGGCUGCAGCAGCAGCUGAGCUGUCUGUUCUGCUAAGCCUAUCAUCACUGGGACCAGAAGACCAGGGGACCACACUGCCUGUGCUGGGCCCAGCAACCCCCUACCUGCCAGUUUAUUGAUAUUUUGGCUUAGCAUUAUAUAUUACAAACCGUUUGCUCACUAUUUAUUAAUCAUUACUCCCACAUUUGUAAAUGUUAGUAAGCUAGUUAUUCAAACGUGUAUAUAUAUUUUCCUUAAACAUCCUGUGUUGUGUGCUUCUGUGAGAAAUUACACUGGUCACGCAAAACAUUUAUAAAGUAUUUAUAAAAUAUAAAUACCACUCAUUUUAGAUUAGGGACUGCAAAAAGACCUUAAGAAUGAUUAGUAAAUGGUUUAUUAAUGUGGGAGUAAUGAUUAAUAAAUAGUGAACACACAAUUUCUAAAUGCCUUAGAAAUGGUUUGUUACAGACCCUUAAAGUGUUAACCAUCCUGGUUGUGAAUGAAUAAACGCAUAUAUUAGACGAAGAUAAUCACUGAAUAAAUGCCUUAUAGAUGACCAGUGGGGCAAUAUAAUAUCUUAUAACAGCCUAAUUAUAUAUUUGAAUUAGUGCAUGUCAAGUGUCCAUCACAACCCCCCCUACAUAUAAUUCAAUAGAAGAAAACAGAGAGAGAGAAGGAGAGAGAGAGACUGCCAGUUCCUUAAUGGUUUGGCUGUAUAAUAUAGCCAAUGGCUACAUUAAGGAACUGGCGGUCUCUCUCUUCUUCGAUCUCUCUGUUUUCUUCUAUUGAAUUCAGUAUACAACCUUCUGUGUUUGUCAAAGAAUGAAGCCGGGACUAGUUUAUGUGGACAGAGUUCCAGCGGUCUGCUUAGUUUGACAGUGCCACGCGUGUAUGUGUAUCUUUCUGCCAAGAAGUGAUGGGCCUUUCAGCAAAUUAAAUAAGAUGGAGAUAGGCGGGACUUUCCAGCCUUCAGUGGUGGUGGCUAUAUAAUAUAGUCCGACACCAGAGUCACUUGUUACUACAGCUCAUAAACCCUGAAGAGACUGAGAUUCAGAAGCGAUGAAACAUUGAUCAAACAAUUAAAAUACACAGACAGUCCCCGAAUUGACCGUUAUUGUAAUACAUGUGUUAAGUAAAAAAUACUUGUGUUUUGUAAAAAGCAUUGUAUAAAUGUCUAGUAGAUGGCUAUUGCCUAACCUACUGUAUGUGUUAUAAAAGCUAAUCUAACGACUUGUUAGGGUAUAUUGCAAGUAGCAUAGUGUCUAAAUGUUCCCCCGAAUCCCCCUUCCCUAAUUAGCCUACUAUAGUAGGUAUGAAAUAUAUUUAUAUACAAUAUACAGCCAAAAUAUUAGGCCUAUCUGUGUCAGUGUGCGUUAAUGAGUGUGUCUUUCUGUUUUCUUCCUACCUCGAUUGCACCACAGCAGCUGAUAUGUCAUUUCUCACAGACAAAGCACUCGGACCAGCAGAACCAGAACUUUUAGGAAAUAAGUAGGUUAAUUUCACACAUUUAGCAGCGUCGGCCUCGAGCCCUUUUUUGGUCUCUCUAAGGUUUUCGGCACCACCAUUCCGUUUUGACUGGCAGAGAGUCAGAGCGGUUCUCACACUCUUUGAUGAUGCACGUUUGAAUUUUAAUGUGAAGUUGCGCCACCUCAGCUCAGCCAAUCAGAAAAUUGGGCCGACCAGCCAAAUGCUCAAUAUACACUGAGUGUACAAAACAUUAAGCACACACCCUUUUGCCGUCAGAACAGCCUCAAUUCGUCGGGGCAUGGACUCUACAAGGUGUCGAAAUCAUUCCAAAGGGAUGCUAGCCCAUGUUGACUCCAAUGCUUCCCACAGUUGUGUCCAGUUGGCUGGAUGUCCUUUGGGGGGUGGACCAUUCUUGAUACACACGGUAAAUUGUUGAGCGUGAAAAACCUAGCAAUGUUGCAGUUCUUGACACAAACCGGUGCACCUGGCACCUACUACCAUACCCUAUUCAAAGACACUUAAAUAUUUUGUCUUGCCCAUUUAUCCUCUGAAUGGCACACAUACACUACCAUUCAAAAGUUUGGGGUCACUUAGAAAUGUCCUUGUUUUCGAAAGAAAAGCAAUUUUUUUGUCAAUUAAAAUAACAUCAAAUUGAUCAGAAAGUGUAGACAUUGUUAAUGUUGUAAAUGGCUGUUUCUCAAAUUAGACACUCUAAUGUAUUUGUCCUCUUGCUCAGUUGUGCACCGGGGCCACCCACUCCUCUUUCUAUUCUGGUUAGAGCCAGUUUGCGCUGUUCUGUGAAGGGAGUAGUACACAGCGUUGUACGAGAUCUUCAGUUUCUUGGCAAUUUCUCACAUGGAAUAGCCUUCAUUUCUCCGAACAAGAAUAGACUGACGAGUUUCAGAAGAAAGUUAUUUGUUUCUGGACAUUUUGAGCCUGUAAUCGAACCCACAAUUGCUGAUGCUCCAGAUACUCAACUAGUCUCAAGAAGGCCAGUUUUAUUGCUUCUUUAAUCAGCACAACAGUUUUCAGCUGUGCUAACAUAAUUGCAAAAGGGUUUUCUAAUGAUCAAUUAGCCUUUUAAAAUGAUAAACUUGGAUUAGCAAACACAACGUGCCAUUGGAACACAGGACUGAUGUUUGCUGAAAAUGGGCCCCUCUAUGUAGAUAUUCCAUAAAAAAUCUGCCGUUUCCAGCUACAAUAGCCAUUUACAACAUUAACAAUGUCUACACUGUAUUUCUGAUCAAUUUGAUGUUAUUUUAAUGGACAGAAAAAUUGCUUUUCUUUCGAAAACAAGGACAUUUCUAAGUGACCCCAAACUUUUUAACGGUAGUGUACACAAUCCAGGUCUCAAUUGUCUCAAGGCUUAAAAUUCAUUUUUUAACCUGUCUCCUCCCCUUCAUCUACACUGAUUUGAAGUGGAUUUAACAAGUGACAUCAAUAAGGGACCAUAAGUUUCACCUGGUCAGUCUAUGUAAUUGAAAGAGCAGGUGUUCUUAAUGUUUUGUACACUCAGUGUAGAUGAUUAUGACAACAGAGAAAAGGUGCAAAAGUCAUAGAAAAAACUGGGCCAUUUGCCGUCGGUUGUGUCCAUUAUUUCUUUUACAUAUAUAUAUUUUUUUACAUUUCGACCAUCCCACCCAAAUAAAAUAUGGUCCUUCUGGCAUUUGCCAGAAUUGCCAGACGGGCAGCACGGACGCUUAUUACAUUUUUUUUUUACAUUUUAGUCAUUUAGAAGACGCUCAUAUCCAGAGCGACUUACAGUUAGUGAGUGCAUACAUUUUCAUACUGGCCCCCCGUGGGAAUCGAACCCACAACCCUGACAUUGCAAGCGCCAUGCUCUUCCAACUGAGCUACUGGAGCUCAUCCAGCUGCCUGCUAAGUGGCUGCAACCAAUGGGCCGCCAGGCAGGGAGAGCUGGGUAAGGACGUAGGGAGGGUUAAGCACGACUGCUGUCGUGUAGCUGACAGUAGGACCCACUGGAGUUGACUGCCGCACUAGCCUAUACUGACCUUGAAAUGUUCCGUAAUUGCUGUUCCUCAGUAUAGCUCAACUCACGUUUCUCUGUCAUAUUUUUUAUUGACCAUUUUCCCUUGGCUUUUUAACAUUUAGCUGUAAUUUAGCAGUCACUCUACUUCAAUAUGGCUCUAGAAAAUGUUGGAGUCUCCACUGGAUGAUGAGCUCGUAUGCUGUUGUAGAAGUGCACAUGGCCCUACUAGUAGUUGAAACCAUAACAAAGUCUUCAGUUAUCUUAUACAGUAUGUGCAGCUGUGUGUUGCCUAAUGUGUCUUGUCACUUUGCCAUGAUGGAUGUUAGGCGGCAGUGCCCCUCUGGCAGCUGUGUUGCUAUGCCCAUGCACCUCCCUCCUGGGCCUGCCUGCCUGCCUGUCUGUCUGACCCUCUCCAGGGCUCAGCCACUAGGCCCGCCACCAACAUGAUGAACUGGCUCAACUUGUCAUCAGAGUGUAAAAGAGACGAGUGCAGGAUUUAUUGCGCCGCACGGCUCUCUCCCUCCCAGGCUAGCUCUUCAGGCUGGAGAUGAAACAGCCAUCGCUCCCAGGGAGGAAGAGGGAGAAAAGUAAAACCGUGAUUUUUGGAGCAGGGAGAGGAGAGCUGUGUCUCUGUGCUCUGCAUCCUGGCCAUGGAGUUGGAAGCUGAGCUCUCUCUCUCUCUGCUCCCUCUGUAAGACAGCUCAUGCUCUAAAUGAGAACUAAAUGUUUGUGUAAGGUUUUCCUCAGAGUGAGUGUUCUGUUUGUUUUGAAAGGACCACAAUGUCUCUGGUUGCUGUCAGCCAAUCCUGGAGGUGGAUGCUGGACAGGAGGAUUGUAUCUAGACCUCAGUGCUCUGCAACGGGCCAAUUGCGCCCCACCUAUUUAUAUGCCUGGGUUGAGAAAGGGAUUUUGUGGCAGCAAAUGUAAAGGAUCUAACUUGGCUCCCUCCAGGUGUAUGUCUUUUUGUAAUGGUAUACUUUGGCUUUCCCUUUGUGGGAAAUCAGGACAAAUAAAUGAGUUCCUAAACUGGUAUGAAAUGAACCGUUUGGAUUAUCUAGGCCCACUUGAGUUGCCUUUCUGGACUAAGUGGACUAGAUAAAAGGGACCUGAAAGUUGAUUAAUUGCUUCUCUGUCAUGAGUUGUCUGCAAUAGUAUGAUCUUGCAAUGCUCACAUGAUCUCCCAUAGCCUGUUUAGCCUAUACUUUGAAGAAAGGAUGUUUGUCAUAAAGGCAAAGGGUGGCUAUUUGAAGAAUCUCAAAUAUAAAAUAUAUUUUGAUUUGUUUAACACUUUUUUGGUUACUACAUGAUUCCAUAUGUGUUAUUUCAUAGUUUUGAUGUCUUCACUAUUACUCUACAAUGUAGAAGAUUGUAAAAAAUAAAGAAAAACCCUUGAAUGAAUAGGUGUGUCCUAACUUGUGACUGGUACUGUAUAUAUUACCAUUCCUCACACGGCCAUAGAUUAACGCUGUUUUUCUACUCCUUCUGUCUUCCUUGUCCUGGGAAAGCAUGCGUCCUGAAGUGCCUGUUGGAUAUUCACAAAGUCGUCCAGGAAAAUGAGCCGGCCUACCUACUGAACAACCUCUACAUCACAGACCACUGUGUCUGGAUCCAGAGGGUCAAGUAAGUCCUGGGAAUAUGACCUCCCAGGGCCAAGGAAAUUGGCUCUCAGCUCCCAUGAUGCUUCACUGCUCUGCACCAUAUGAGAGGAUUAGACGACUCAUUUGUCACAGCACGGCCACUUGACUGACAGAGCCAUUGUGAGAUGCAAUCUACCUGUAUCCAUUUUCCUGUGUCAAAGGUGCCGUUGGAGAGUGUGUGGUCUGUAUGUUCUCCCUCCGUGCUGCAGUGGAGUCCCAGUAGGUCAUACUGAGACUGAGUUGAGAAGAAGCAGAUAGAUAGUGCACUGUGCAGUAUAAGAUGUGUGCUUGUGUGUUAACUCAAGAAGGAUCUGUGUAGUUUCUUCCUUAAUUGAUAUAGCAUGCACAGCUCUUUCCUCACCCUUGUACAUAUUUUCCAAUUAAUGAUGUGCUCGUCUGGAAAAGUGUUGUGCUCGUCUGAAAAACAUUUUGCACCUGAUGUUGUAGGCCCCACGUCCAGAUGCAGACAGCUGGGAGUUUGAUGGAGCUUUCUCUGGUUGAAAUGUUGCCAGCAAAGUCCCAUUCUCUCUGGAAAAGAAAACGCCUCGAUGGCCAAUUAAUAAUAAAUCAAUGGUGGAGAUCGGAGUUAGAGUCCCUGUCGAUCUGUUUGUUACGCUGCAGCAGACAGGGAAAAGAGAGUACAGAGAGAGUUUUGGUCCUGAGCUCUCUUGCUCUUUCUCUCCCCUCUCUCUCUCUCUCUCUCUCUCUCUCUCUCUCUCUCUCUCUCUCUCUCUCUCUCUCUCUCUCUCUCUCUCUCUCUCUCUCUCUCUCUCUCUCUCUCUCUCUCUCUCUCAGUGUGUGCUUGGAGCAGCAGAGCAGCACUGUCAAGCCACUGGAAAACUCAAUCAGUCUUACCUCAGUCAGAGUCAAGGAGAUGAAACGGCAGAAAGGCAUCUGAGGUUGAGCUUUCCCAUCUGCCUCCCUCUCCUCCCCUCCCCCACUUUACAUCGGCGCUAAAUGUCAGCUUGACCUAACAACAAACUGCCUUCCACUGGCUACAACGCCACAUCGAUCAUUAAAUGGAUUAGUCCUCGUGCUUGCCGCAUUGACCUGUGAUUGAAUUGUUACAUUUCCCUUUUCCAUUUACAUUUUUCAGGCAAUAAACAAAGCAAAGCUUUUCAUCUUUCUGCCCUGAGACCUGGCUCUUUUCAGCUGUGGUGUCAGCAGAGACCGACACAGAGAGAGUAGAGACAGCCAGGAAGCGGCUGUCCAGAGUCCAGACAGAGGUACUAACCCUCCUGUUGUAGCGGUUGCCUCAGGGCACCUGGCUGGGAAAACCUCCAGAGCCCAGGCAUUCCAUUCCAUUUCAUUGUCUUGCCGUGAAUCUAUUCCCAGGUAGACAUUUCAUAACUGUUCUACAUUGUUGUGCCUCACAGACUGCAUUUCUUUCCUUUCUGAAUGUGGAAUAAAAUAGCGCAGUCCACUUGCCAUGCAAAGCAGCAGCGAGAGGAGAGCUGUCUGUUCUUUAGGCAGGCAGGCAGACCUCGAGCAGCAGCCAGCUGUGGUUUGCAAGCCAUAGACGGCGCUCUGUUAUCACAUAUGGUUAGUUGUGGCAGCCCUUUGUGCCAGUGACAGGUUUGAUGACAGAUUGUAUAAGCAUUGUUCUACUCCUCACGGCUAGAUAUUCCCCCGUGAAGGAUUUGUCAUUCCUGCUAAGUGAGUUGUCUAUCUUUCUCUGUGGUUCCCGGGGUAAGAUGAGCUGAGCUGUAAUCCCCUGUCUUGUCAGUCCUCCCCACAGUCAGCUCCCAGACACGAUCAGCCGCUCAUGAUGGACAUAGUGAUUAAUGAAUGCGUUGCUCAGUGGGUUGAUUUAUACUGUCUGUCUCUCUGGGCUGUCCCACAUGCGUUCAUGCUCUUAAAGUCCCUCCGACUGCUGAGACAUCGGCCUCAAAUUUAUAGCAUUGUAAAGACUUCAGUGAUUUAGACCAGUGAAACCCUCUCCCUCCACAGACUCACACACACAGACAAACAAGUGGACAGUCCACUCUCAGAUCAACAAGAUCUGAUAAAAGGUGUUUAAAGUGGAUAAUGAAUGUUGUUUACAACAGGCUCCACAUUACCGAGGGAAAUUGUAUCAUUCACAUAUCUUUGAAUUGUCAGAUACAUUGAACAUUUCCUCCAAUGAUCUGCCACUAGCAAAUGAAAGCACCUAUUUACCAUUUGUUUCACUGGGUGGUUUUGAUGACCCAUGCAGUGUUGUGAAAUGAAAACCCGGUCCUCAUUUUCUCUCUCUCUCGUCUCUCAUCAGUCUAACGAAGCCCAUAGGAUCGGUGUUGUGUUACUGUACCUCAGUUGAAUCAGCAGGGCUCUAACUUACCCUUGCUCUUUCAGCACUCGCACAUUCCUCCCCCCUCUUUAACCGCUGUCUGCCGCACAAUCAAUUAAUUGGGUCAAUUAAAUCCUAGAGCAAAAACCAUGGCAACCUGUGAGUGUCGAGCUCAAGGGUUCGCUAAUCUUUCUUUCCCUUCAUUCUCUCUCUCUCUGUCUCUCUCUCUAUCUCUCGCUGCCAUCCAUUCAGCCUCUACACACAUUGUGUGUAUGACAAUGCCCAGAGGAGAGCUCUCUUCUCCACAGCCCCAGGAGGCCCUCAGGGGACACAGGCUCCCCACAGGGACAACCAGCUGCUGCUAGAACCAGGCUGACCACCUCAGGCCACUGGGUUUAGGGGGGUUCAGUGGGCCCGUCAAGCCUCGUCGCCACGGCCAGACGCCUGGGGAAUGUACUUGUAUGUUGUCAGCAGUUGUUUCUCUAGGAUCUUUAUCAGCGCGUCUCUGCAGAAACAUAUAAUAUUACUUUCUUUUUGCAGCGGUGGCAACAAUUUACACUGUGGUGCCCAGUGGGAGUCUAAUUUAG